AUGGCGCUCCUUACCAAUUUAGCCGUCUUGCUGGUUAUUGCCUGCAUAUCUCAGGAGCUUAUGGUUGCUAAAUGUCAAGGAUCCAAAAAAAGCGGGAUGAAGAAGAAAGAAAAAGAGGGACCAAAGGACAGAGAGCAACCAAAGCCCUCCAUCCCGUCUCCAGCGAAUAAAGACAGCAGCCCCAGAGGAAAGGGUGUUGUCAAGGGCAAAUUCUCCGCCAAAGACAAUACGCAGUGCACUUGGGUUGCGACAGGUGAUGAUUCCUUUGUGCUUGGCGUGAACUGCAAAAAAGGGGAAACAAGUUUCGACUGCAAAUAUGUGGCCAAACCAGCCACUUGCCCUGGGUACGAGUCCAACGCCAAAGCCUACUGGAAACAGAUUGCGCGUGCUCUAAAGAAACAGAAGACAUUAUGUUUGGACUCCACCGCUUUGAUUAAAGCAGGUAUGUGCAGAAAAGCUCCCAAGGACGCCCAUUUCAAACUUAACAAUACACCCAGAGAUGUUGUUGUUCCAAGGACUACCAUUCAAACACAUUCUUCUCCUUAUGUCUCCCCAUCGGGUGCCAAAUCUUGCACAGUUGAUAAGAAGAGACUGGCGGAAGAAUAUUGCGCGGGUUCGUGGUCGAGUUUGUGUACUUUCUUUUUCUCCAUGGUCCAGAAUGAUGAUUGUUGA